AUGGAGUCCGAAAAGAAGAGGUCCGUGAAGACGGUGACCAAACAAAGUGAAAUUGUGUGGGUGGUGGUGCAAUUUGUACUAGAUGGGGUACUCAGUCUUCUCAAAGGAGACCAAGUUACUUCUCUAGAGGGCCAUUGCACAGCCCAAGAUGGCUCAAUUGAGGAAGGAGCCCUGUGCAUAGCCCCAUAUGCUGGGCAGGAUUAUGAAGCCAAGGUGCUUUAUAAAUCUACCAACAAAGAAGAAUGUAUGAAAAAGAAACAAAAAGAAGAAACUAAAAAGAAGACUUCCUCCCAAAAUACAACCAAAGAAUCAUGCACCAAAAAGAAGCAAAAGGAAGUCAAAAAGAAUCCCUCCCAAACUACCAGUAAUAAAAAAUCAACCAGCUGUGAUGAACCUGGGGUUGCUUCAGAGAAGAGGCAGAAAUUGGAGCAGCAGAAAGCCGACAAGCUCCUUCUGCGUGAAGUUGCCUUUCAACAAAAGGAGGCACUGCUUGAAGAACUAAGGGGGCAGCUCUCGGACAGUGAUAUUGAUGAGGUUUCCAUAGAUUCUAGUUUAGAUUCAUCAUUAGAUGAAUCUAUGGAAGACUUUUCAAAGGAACUGUUGGAGGUUGCUCCCAGUUCUAUCAAUGAUAAGGGCCACCCCACCACAGCCCAGAAACAACCCAGGCCACAGGUGGGGUGUGCCGCCUGUGCCAGCAUGCAGGAAGAAAACAAACAACUAAGAAAGAGAAUAGUUGACCUGAUGGAAGAGGUCAGCACUCUGAAGACAGAAAAGGCUAAACUUGUAGGAAAACAAUCUACCUCCAAAGGAGAGUCUUGUCUCAGCCGCCCCAAUGCUGGCCUCUGUACACCACAAGAAGUGGAGCUAUUUGGAAUGUUGGAAGUUAAUCCGGGAAGUGGGCUCUUUGUACACCCAGACCAAAUGAUGAUAAUCAAAAGGAAAGUUGCCACUGGAGAUGGGCGGAAACUGGCCAGGACCCUCUUGGGAAUUUUUUUCUCUAAUGAGCAACUGGCCAGUGGAAGCCUGUCUCCAACUGGCAACUAUCAGCAGCUGGACCAGAACAUCAUUAGGCAAAUUAAAAUCACAUGUACAUCACAGACGUUGACAAAGCCGGGUGAUGUCCACACAGCCAUGCGAAGUGUGCUGACUUCAAAGAGAGCAAAGGCAAAGAAAUGGAAGACCAUUUGAAGGCUUGCAUGGACAUCAUUUCAUAUGAGAUAUGAGAAACUGUUAGUUAUAUAAGCAUUUAAAGAACAGAACUAUAUUUUACCUGGUGCUUAUGCAUAAAGUACAUAAAUCAAUAUUUUCUAUCAUGUACAACAAGUUCAUAUUGACUUAGCUGAGGACAAGGAAUACUUUCACGUUCAAACAUUGCAAAAAAAUCUCUAAUUUACUCACAUGUGACCUGCUGUUUGGCAACCUUCUUGACACAUUUUUAUAUUCCAUGAAAGGGCCAGGAAAGACCUUUCAUUCAUAUUAUUUACAGGAGAUGGCUUCUGUUUGGGAUGUUUCUAGUUUGCAUGUGCUCUAUUUCUAUAUUCUUUUUGUAACUGGUAGAUAGUAGAU